GUAUCAUUAACAAAAUGCCCAUUGACUUGUAUUAUGGUCGUUUUAGUGGCCCAUGUCGUGCCGUAUUAAUGACUGUACGACAACUUAAUAUCCCGGUAAAUCUUAAACAGUUUGAAUCGGGUGGUGGCGAUAAUUUGAAACCGGAAUUUCUUAAGUUAAACCCGGCGCAUACCGUGCCCACCAUCGACGACAAUGGAUUCUCAUUGUGGGAAAGCCGUGCGAUUAUGCAGUAUCUGUGUAACCAAUACGCACCGGACAGUCAACUUUACCCGAGCGACCCGAAAAAGCGAGCCCUGGUUGACAGGUCUCUCAAUAUGGAUAUGAGUUUAGCCCCAGAAAUAGGCGAAGUUGCGAGGGCUAAACUAUUCACUGGAGUGGACCCACCCGAAGAUAAAGUGACAACCUUGAUGAAUACCCUGAAGCUUUUGGACCAAAUAAUCGGUGGAAGUCGUUAUGUGGCCGGGGAUGAGUUGACAAUCGCCGAUCUGUCACUGUUGGCCAACACCGUGUACCUGGAUUGGGUGGACCUGGAUAUAAGCGAGUUCGCCAACUAUAAGCGCUGGUACACUACACUCAAGAAGGAUUUGCCGUAUUUUAACGAAAUCAAUGCCAUCUCGAGGGAGGAAAAGGAGGCUAUGGUUGCGAAAGCCAGAGCCGCAUAUGCCGCCAAAAAAUAA